AUGCCGAAAAAUCCAUACAAACAAAUAACUAAUUUGAGUAAAUCUCAAAAGAACCGCAGAUUACGUGUAUUACAACAAGCCUCUUUAGCUAGUGAUACUUGUGCAGUACCUAUUAGUGUGGUUUCAAAUACUGUAGCUCCCGAUCCUGAUAUUGAGAUUAAUCACGCCAAUGCCGAAUUCUUUAACGAAUUCAAUAUUUAUUGUCCUAGUAGUAGUACUAGUAGUAGCAGUACUAGUAGCUGCAAUAGUAGUAGUUCAAAUGAUUAUUUUGAAGAUGAAUAUUUUAAUGAAUGUAGUAACACCGAUAGUAAUCUUUCUACUAAAUUAAGGGAAUGGGCUUCAGAGAAAUAUAUUUCUGCUAAUGCUUUGACUUCGCUUUUGCACAUUCUCACUUCCAGUAAUCCAUUAGAUCUAAUAACUCUUCCAAAAGAUGCAAGAACAUUGAUGAAAACUCCAAAGCAACCUUUAAUUUCCAAAAAAAUUGGAGAUUCCGGAGAAUAUGUUCAUUUUGGUCUAGAAAUAGGUUUGCGCAAAACAUUUUUGAAAUAUAGCAACAGUAUUUUAAAAAAUGUCAGUUCUUUUAAAGUGUUUAUCAACUUUGACGGGGUACCAAUAUAUAAAAGUUCUGGUGGUUCUUUGUGGUCAAUUUCUUGUUCUAUAUUUGAAAUCAAACAUGAUCCAUUCAUUAUAGGGUCAUAUUUCGGAACAAAAGAACCAACAAAUGUUGAAGCUUAUCUUGAAGACUUUGUCAAAGAAGCUUCUUAUUUAACUAUUAAUGGUUUAUUUAUUAAUGAUCGCCAUAUGACUUUUAAUAUUGAGGGUUAUAUAUGUGAUGCACCAGCUCGAGCCUUAGUAAAAUGUAUUAAAAGGCAUAAUGCAUAUUUUGCAUGUGAAAAAUGCCAAGUUGAGGGUGAUCAUAUAAAUAAUCGCAUGUGUUUUGCUGACGUUUCAGCACCACGUCGUACUGAUAUUGAUUUUGCAGCUGGUGUCUAUGAUGAUCACUGUCGUGAAAAGUCACCACUUCUUUUGAUUCCAAGAGCAAAAUUAGUGACACAAUUUCCACUAGAUUAUUUACACUUAAUUUGUCUUGGCACUAUACGAAAAAUGUUAUACUUGUGGAUAAAGGGUCCCCUUAAUGUCAGGCUUUCAGGAGUAGUGGUAAAAAAUAUUUCUUAUCAACUAAUUGAAUUACAGAAACAUAUUUCAUCUGACUUUGCUCGAAAACCAAGAGCAUUGUCUGAGCUUUGUCAUUGGAAGGGCACAGAAUUUAGACUGUUUGUUUUAUAUAUUGGCCCAUUAGUGUUAAAAAUAUGUUAA